AUGCCAGUCUCCAAAACUAUGAAAGCCGUGGUUUUCAACGGCCCUUUCGAUGUCUCAGUCGAGGAAAGACCAAUCCCUCAAAUCCGGGAUCCGCGGGAUAUCAUUGUCAAAGUCAACAUGACUGCUCUAUGCGGAUCUGAGUUGCACCUCUUCCGAGGGGUUGAGCCAACGGAACCCAACUUCAUCAUGGGUCAUGAAUUCACAGGCACUGUUGUUGAGAUAGGCUCGGCUGUAAAAUCUGUACAGAUCGGUGAUAAGGUAGUCUCGCCUUUUACCGCAUCUUGUGUCCCAUCAAGACUUGAACAAGCCGCAAAGCUGGGAGCCGAGCCUCUGAAUUUUAUGAAUGACAAGGCCGGAAUGCAAGAUCGCAUCAAGUCGGCUACUGGUGGUCGGGGUGCUGACAUUGUGGUAGAAGUCGUUGGUCUUUCUCCAGCACUUCGUACUGCCUUCGAUCUGGUCCGCCCCUUUGGCGCUAUUAGUAGUAUUGGUGUUCACAAUGGCGAGAUUCCUUGGUCUGGAAAUGAUGCUUAUAAUAAAAACAUCCGACUCCAAAUGGGACGAUGCCCUGUGAGAAGCAUCUUCGAAGAAGCAAUGGAUGUUCUGAAGGGUGAGCAAGAUUCUCUUGGUUUCCUAUUUGACAAUAUUAUGCCUCUAUCUGAUGCAGUUCGGGGCUAUGACCUGUUCAAUCAGUCGCAAGUUCAGAAAGUCGUCUUUGAAGUUUGA